AGGAGGAGGAGGAGCCCGAUACCGGGGCGUCCCGUGCAGGCGAGAUGGCAAGAGCACAGUUGCUGAGAAGAACCCAGGUGUGGUGUACUCUGCAACCAGAAAGGCCAGUGUGUCGGUGCAGGUGAGGACAGCCAGGGCAGAAUUUGGCGGCAUUUGACUGUGGAGGGAAGCCCCUGGGCGCCUGAGCACAGACCGGACGUGGUCAGGUCCCAUCGAAGCCAGCUCUGCCUGGAAGCCUGUGCAGUGGAAUGUGGAGAGCCCAGGGCAGGCCGGAGAGGUGACGGGGCCUGUCGGGGGGAGGGCUGAGCAGGUGGAGAGAAGCCCUGAGAUUUCCAGUGGCCGAGUGAUGGGCGGGGGUGCUGGCACAGCAGGGCUGUGGGGGCCUGGGCCCAGAACCCUGCACAGACUUGGGCCUGGGCGGGCAGCUGCCUUGGUGAGCCUCAGCUUCCUCACCUGUAAGAUGGGGCCGUCCGUGCCUUCCUCGGGGGUGGCUGUGAGUGGGCUGAGCUAAGCCGAUCCUGAGAGCGCCGUCAGCACUGCGGCCAGCGCCGCGUGUGGCCCUCACGUCUGGCAUCACAGUUGAGUGAUGCCGGGAGGCCUGGAUGCCCAGCGUGGCGCACGCAGGGACCUCCUCAGGAGAGGCCCAGGCUGGGGUGGCGCACCCCAAGAUGGCACCGCAGGACGACGUGGGAGGAGCCAGGCUGUAGCUUGCUCGGGGAGGGAGUGGUUCCAGGGGAGGCAGGCCUGUCGAGGGGUCAGGCAGGUGUGCACACCCGGCCGACUUGGCCGGCAGGCGUGUGACAGUGAACGCCGCGGAGCUGGAGGUCCAAGUGGAGGCUGGACGGGCCCUGGGGUCUCGAAUGUGGAGACCUAAGGAGCCCUUUUGGGCUUUUGGCCAGGAGUGAACAUCAGGCACUCCAGUUUGUGUUUCAGGAAAGUGGCCAACGUGGGUGAAGGGCGUAGGGCUAAGGAGCAAGUCUCUGUGGGACGGGGCGUGGAAGCCUGUGGGAUGUCCCCACUGCCCCCACUGGCGCCUGGCGCUUGCUGCUGUCUUCCCUGACCACGAGUCCUCCGCUCCACCUGCAGCCGUCCCGGGCCAGGAUCCGGGGUCACUGCAGAUUUAGAGCCACUUGCUCCCGGUCACGGAGGGUGAGGAGGACGCUGGGAGGGCGCCAUGUUUUGGAAGUUUGACCUGCACACGAGCUCACACCUGGACACACUUCUGGAGCGGGAGGACCUAAGCCUGCCCGAGCUCCUGGACGAGGAGGACGUGCUGCAGGAGUGCAAGGUCGUCAACCGGAAGCUACUGGACUUCCUGCUGCAGCCGCCGCACCUGCAGGCCAUGGUGGCCUGGGUCACCCAGGAGCCGCCGGCCAGUGGCGAGGAGCGGCUGCGCUACAAGUACCCCAGCGUGGCCUGUGAGAUCCUGACCUCAGACGUGCCCCAGAUCAACGACGCGCUGGGCGCCGACGAGUCCCUCCUGAACCGGCUCUACGGCUUCCUGCAGAGUAGAAGCAGCCUUAACCCCCUGCUGGCCAGCUUCUUCAGCAAGGUCAUGGGCAUCCUUAUCAACCGCAAGACGGACCAGCUCGUGUCCUUCCUGCGGAAGAAGGACGACUUCGUGGACCUGCUCCUGCAGCAUAUCGGCACCUCGGCCAUCAUGGAUCUCCUGCUGCGUCUCCUCACCUGCGUGGAGCGUCCACAGCUGAGGCAGGACGUGGUCAACUGGCUCAAUGAGGAGAAGAUUGUGCAGCGGCUCAUAGAACAGAUCCACCCGUCAAAGGAUGACAAUCAACAUUCCAAUGCAUCCCAGUCCCUGUGCGACAUCAUCCGCCUGAGCCGGGAGCAGAUGAUCCAGGUCCAGGACAGCCCGGAGCCCGACCAGCUGUUGGCCACCCUGGAGAAGCAGGAGACGAUCGAGCAGCUCCUGAGCAACAUGCUGGAGGGGGAGCAGAGCCAGUCUGUCAUUGUGAGCGGGAUCCAGGUGCUGCUGACCCUGCUGGAGCCCAGAAGGCCAAGGUCCGAGUCUGUGACCGUGAACAACUUCUUUAGCAGCGUGGAUGGGCAGCUGGAGCUCCUGGCCCAGGCGACCCUGGACAGCACCACGUCCAGUGUGGGCGUCCUGCACGCCCUGCGCCCACGGCUCGGCCAUUUCCACCAGCUCCUGCUUGAGCCCCCCGAGCUGGAGCCGCUGCGAACUACGUGGGGCAGCCUGGCCCCGCCACUGGGCAACACCCGGCUGCAUGUGGUCAAGCUGCUGGCCAGUGCUCUGAGCGCCAACGAUGCGGCCUUGACCCAGGAGCUCCUGGCGCUGGACGUGCCCAACACCAUGCUGGACCUCUUCUUCCACUAUAUGUUCAACAACUUCCUGCAUGCUCAAGUGGAGUUGUGUGUGAGUGCCCUGCUGAGCACUGCACCUCCCUCCGACAGUGGCCUUGAGAUACUUGCCCCGAGCCCCGUCCUGAAACACCUGCUGCAGCAGUGCCGCCUGGUGGAGCGCAUCCUGACCUCCUGGGAGGAGAACGACCUCGUGCAGUCUGCCGGGGGCCCCCGCAAAGGCUACAUGGGCCACCUGACGAGACUGGCCAACGCUGUGGUGCAGAACACGGAGAAGGGGCCCAACGCCGAGCAGCUGGGGCGGCUGCUGAAGGAGCUGCCGGGAGAGCAGCAGGAGCGGUGGGAGGCCUUCGUGUCUGGCCCCUUGGCAGAGACCAACAAGAAGAACGCCGUGGAUCUGGUGAGCACCCACCACCUGCACUCCUCCAGCGACGACGAGGACGACCGGCUCAAGGAGUUCAACUUCCCUGAGGAGGCGGUGCUGCAGCAGGCCUUCAUGGACUUCCAGAUGCAGCGCAUGACCUCGGCCUUCAUCGACCACUUCGGCUUCAAUGACGAGGAGUUUGGGGAGCAGGAGGAGAGUGUGAACGCGCCUUUCGACAAGACAGCCAACAUCACCUUCUCCCUCAAUGCCGACGACGAGAACCCCAACGCCAACCUGCUGGAGAUCUGCUACAAGGACCGCAUCCAGCAGUUUGACGACGAGGACGAGGAGGACGAGGGCCAGGGCUCCGGGGGGUCUGACGACGAGGACGGCGCCUGGCAGGGCGGCCAGCUUGGGGCCCGGGGGGCCCGCCGGGGCCAGCCCUCGGCUGUGCGGAGCGGAGGCAGCACAGACAGCGAGGGCGAGGACGAGGACGAGGACGACGAUGACGAUGACGGCGAUGGCCGCGCGGCUGGUGCGGGGAGCGGGUCCCCCUCUCCCCCUGGCCCCGGCCCGCAGCCUCCGGGCCCCAGCUGGACAGCCACCUUUGACCCAGUGCCUACAGACGCCCUGACCGGCCCCCGAGACUCUGGGGAGAAGGAGCCGAGCCCCAGGCUCCUCGCCCCACAGGGGUCCCUCGGCGUACCCCAGGGCUUCCCCGCCCUGAGCCCGGCCGGCCCUGCGGCCCGCACCGCCCUGCAGCUCAGGUCUCAGGACCCCGCAUCCCCGUCAGCACCUCAGGAAGCCUCAGACGGCAGCCAAGUAGCAGAGCCCUCGGCCCCCUGCCAGGCUUUGGUCGGCGUUGGGAACCUCCAGGCCACACUCAGAGGGACGCGCUCCAACCCCAGCUCCUUGGACAGUGCAACCAGAGACCCUGCUACCUCUGUCCCAGCCCCCGGGGCCUGCCAGCACCCGCGGACCACAGAGGGGGAGAAGAGCCCAGAGCCCUCGGGGCUCCCCCAGAGCCAGAGUGCCCAGGCCCUCGAGCCGCCUCCGAUGCCCAACGGCUCUGCCCCGGGAGGGCCAGCACCCCUGGGCUCCCAGUAACUGCCUGGUCCUGGUGGUGGCGGCUAAAUCCUCCAUACUCCACGUGGACCCUGCCCGAGUGGGGGCAGGGCGGGUCCCACGAUGGCCCUGUUGCCCCAUCACCGCAUCCCCACCCUGUCUGCCCCCACGUUCUCUCCUCUGGACUCCCGGGAGCCAGGUGCCAGGGAGUCCGGCCCCUACCCACCCCCAUUUGCACUGAGAAAAGAAAUUAUGGAGUUUUGUCUCCUAGAAUAAAGAAACAGAAUUGAAUAGAGAGAAAGGAGAGAGAGAGAGAGACCUAUAUUAUAUAUUAGAGAGAGCGAGCGAGAGCGGGUGGGUGGAGAGCCAGGAGGAGGCCCGGCCGGGCAGGCAGCAGGUGGGACCCUCAUCCCAUCUCGGUGGGGGCUGUGUUGGGGUCCCAAGGUCAUUGUCUGCCCUCCCCUCCCACCAUGCCCCCAGCCUCCGGUGCAGAUGCCCACACCCACACUCGGCCCAGGCCCACCUCCGGGGAGGGCUCGAGUGCGGGCCGUGCCUUUGCCCAAACCCUUGCCCUGGACCCUGCACUUUGACCCAGGCUGGGAGAUAAAGGACCUUCUGCCUGGCCCUGUUGGCUCUAUGGGAGCUGGCGGUCCCCGUCCAAGGGGGUCUCCCAGGUGACAUUCCCAUGGGGCCCCGAUGCACUCACUGAGACCGCCCCCCCACCCCCCGCACUUCCCACGGACCCCGGGGCGGGGGGUUGGCAAGGGUCCGGCUGGGGUCCCCUUCCCAUGCCCAAGGAUCUGGGGUCCAGCCCAGCUGCCAAGUGACCUUGUCCCAGCUCCCUCUCCCCAGGCUGGUGUGAGUGUGCGUGUGUUCGUGCCGAGCUUCUAUUUCAUAUUGCAAAUAUAAAUAAAUAAAGACCGUUUAAGACUCCU